AUGGCCUUUGCGGUACCGGUGUGGCUCGCCGUCCAGGAGGAGAUGCUCGGCAGCUUUGAGCCCGAGGAGGAACAAGAUGGCGCUCCACCUUGUUUCGACAAUUUCUCCGACGAGGCUUUGUUCGAGAAGUUUCACCUCUCCAGACCUUGCAUCGCGUUCAUCUUAGACUCCGUGGGCACACACAUGAAAACGGUGGACUCCACGAAGCGCCACACGUCCGUGGACGUGAUGCUCAUGAUCGCGCUGAACUACUACGCUCACGGAGCCUUCAGCUCGUCCGUCGCUGGGAACACUUGGAUGAGCCAAACGGGCAACUUGAAUUCUGUUGUUAAAACUAUCUCUGGAGUCUUAGCGGCGAUGUGCAAAACGUUCAUCUCCUUCCCGCUUACAGCUGAGGCCAGAAGCAGAACCGCCUCUCAGAUCGAGGAAUUCUGCGGGAUCCCCAACGUGCUGGGCGUCCUGGCUCCAGCACACUUCAAGAUCAGAGCUUCUCCUUAUGACAAGACCUCCUUCAAGUCCUUCAUAAACGCACUCGGUUACACUUCCGUCGUGAGCCAGUUUAUCUGCGACUCCGAGGGCAACAUCCUGAGUGUGGAGAAGUGCUGCGUGGGGAGCUCGUUUGAGCAGGAGAUGUGGGAGACCUCCUUCAAAGGGAAGGAGGUGGAGAACGAGCAGCACGGACCGUUUUGGUUUAUUGGUGGAAAAGGGUACCAUUUAAGCAAACACGUCUUGACCCCGGUGUUGGAACCUUCAACUGACGGUGACAUCCGCUUCAACAAGGCCCACGCAAAGAUCCACAAUGUCAUGGAGGUGACGAUUGGCUCCAUGAAGAGGCGUUUCAAGUGUCUGAUGCAGCUCGGGUUUGCUGAUGAAACCUCCUUAAACACAAAGGCGAACAUCAUCAAGGCGUGCUGCAUGCUGCACAACAUUGCCAAAAAGUUCUCUGUUCCUCUUCCUGGCAACAACACAGCUGCUGUCCAUGAGACUCCAUAUCCAGGGAAGCAGCACUUGAGUCCAGUAGAGGUCAGCACGGAGGCCCUCGAAGUCCGACGGCAGCUUAUCGAGAAGAACUUUUCUGUUGCCAAGCAUCCGGAUCCAGUGGAGACGAGUGUUUCAAAGUAGGACGUAUGAGGAGCCUGGUGAUCUGAUACAUUUACUGCAUUUUAGAAUUUUAUUUACAAAAACAAGUUUUAAAUAUAAAAUAUUCCUGUACAAAUUAGUUUAUUUCUACACUUCCAUGUUGCUAAUAAAAUUUAAAACAUUC